CCUCAGCCUGUAUGUUUUUGUAUUUGGAGAUUUACUAGAAAUUUCCCUUUUUUUCAUUUUGAAACUUUCAGUUUAGGUGAAGUUAUCAUCUUGGUUCUCAUUUAUGACUAAUAAUUAUCAACUAAAUGUAAUCCAAAUUACUAAGUGACUAUUAGUUCUUAAGCAUGUGGGACAUUUUUUUAUUUACUUUUUUUAGUUUACACGACUCCUAUCUCAAAUCCUUAAUCAAACUUGUGUCAAACAUUUUAUGCAAUAAUUCAGAUAUGUAACAAUCAAUCAACGAAUGCAAUAUAUAUAAUGAUAAAUGAAUACUACAAAAAGAAGGUUAAUGACUAAUGUUUCCCCACUCAUCCAAGUUAUUUACAUAAGUCGUGUGGCGUAAAUCUUACUUACAGCCAGAAUUAAACCAACAAAAAGCGCUUUUAGCUGAAACUGCAAACACCGGAGCAUUCCAUUCCCGCAAAAUUGCCGCUGCCGCCGUCAGAUUUCGAGGUUCAGUUUUUGAGUGGUGGCUGAGAAUUUUUGUGGCUUCUAGCUGCUUUAAUUUAUCGGGUGGCGCAACAUUGCCGCGGCCGCCGUGAGAAUUUUUCGAUUGAAUUUUUGAAAUAUCCUUUUUUUAUUUCCCAAUCAGCCCGACGAUCCGGCGAUGGAAACCCUAGGCGCGAAUUCUGCAGCUGAACAAACGCAAAAUCGUGAUGAUAAUGAUGUUCCGCGGGAAGAUUUCGGGGCAUUGCAGCAUGGGUGCGACCAUUAUAGGAGAAGAUGCAAGCUGAAGGCGCCUUGUUGCGAUCAGAUUUUUACUUGCCGUCACUGUCACAACGAAGCCACGAGUAUUUUGAGCAACCCGAGAGAUACACACGAGAUUGUUCGACAUGAAGUUAAGCAAGUUGUUUGUGCAAUAUGCAAUACUGAACAACAGGUUUCCAAUCUAUGUUCGAAUUGCGGCGUCAAAUUUGGUGAAUACUUCUGCAACAUAUGCAAAUUCUAUGAUGAUGAUAUCAGUAAAAACCAGUUUCAUUGCAAUGACUGUGGCAUUUGUAGAGUUGGUGGUCGCGAAAACUUCUUUCAUUGCCCCAAGUGUGGUUCUUGUUAUUCUGUUAGUUUGCGUAAUAAUCACAGAUGUGUAGAGAACUCAAUGAAGAAUCACUGUCCUAUUUGUUAUGAGUUUCUUUUCGACUCAACCAAACAGACUACAAUUAUGAAAUGUGGGCACACAAUGCAUGUGGAAUGUUAUAAUGAGAUGUUUAACCAAAACCAGUAUCGUUGUCCAAUCUGCUCCAAGUCAGUGUUCAAUAUGUCUAAUAGUUGGGAAAGAUUAGAUGAGGAGAUUGCGGCGACUGCAAUGCCUGAGGAAUACCGCUACGAAGUUGAAAAUCUAUGCAACGAUUGCAACCAUACUAGCAAGACGUUCUUCCACAUAUUUGGCCACAAGUGCCAACACUGUAAUUCCUACAAUACACGUGUGAUAACAAGUGGGGAGACCGGCAACCAUAGCUCUACAUAGAGCAGUCAUACAGAGCAUAUGUUUUGCUGGAUUAGCGGAAUUAUUACUUCUUCAUGGGGUUUGAUCCACUGGUACGAUGUUUACCAACUAUUCUUCAUAUCAUAUGCAGUGCGCAUUGAUCUGGAAAAUCCUUCAUGCUUGUGGUUGCAUAAGUGAAUAUUGAUAUAAAUGAUUUGCCAUUUUUCUCUCACAUUUUUCUGUAUGUAUGUAUUUUGCCUUGGAUGGACAAUUGCAUUCUAGUCGGAAAUAUUGAGGAUAUUAUAUUUCUUGGACGAACAAUUGAGUUUGUAGCCGUAUUCAGGAGAAAAUAGCCGUGCCCAUUAUAUUAUUUUUA